AUGCCUGAGGCAUCCAGUCGAAAUUCAAUUAACGCGAAAUACAAGACGCGUCUCGCGAUCCCUCCACACUUUCAACAAACAACACCAGCAAAAAUUACGAAACUGUCCAGAACACCUCGCUCUCUCGCCGCCUUCUGCUUCCAAGAAAUAAGCUUCUCAUAUACUCUGCUUGAGGCACGUUUAGAACAGGCCGAUCUCCUGAAAAAGGUCGUAGAUGCCAUCAAAGAUCUCGUCCAAGACUGCAAUUUCGAUUGCAAUGACAGCGGUGUCGCCCUCCAGGCGAUGGACAAUUCUCACGUCGCUCUCGUCUCCAUGAUGCUCAAGGCAGAAAGUUUCUCACCAUAUCGGUGCGACCGCAAUGUUGCUCUAGGUGUCAACCUUACCUCCCUUACGAAGGUCCUCCGCGCGGCACAGAAUGAAGACAUAUUGACUUUGAAGGCUGAAGACGCGCCUGAUGUUUUGAACUUGGUUUUCGAGAGUAGUGCAAGCGAUCGGUUGAGCGAGUAUGACUUGAAGCUUAUGGACAUCGACCAAGAGCAUCUGGGAAUCCCAGAUACGGAAUAUGCGGCGACAAUCAGCAUGCCUAGCACCGAGUUCAAGCGCAUCUGCAUGGACCUUAUGGCACUUUCUGAAUCCGUCUCGAUCGAAGCAUCCAAAGAUGGAGUCAAGUUCACAUGCGCUGGAGAUAUUGGAAAUGGAGCAGUCACACUACGAAGCCACAGCAACGUCGAUAAGCCAGACCUUGACGUGGAUAUUGAGCUCACCGAGCCAGUUUCUCUUACAUUCUCCCUGAAAUACCUUGUGAACUUUUGCAAGGCUGCGGGGUUGUCUAAAUCUGUUAAGCUAUGCCUCUCGAACGAAGUACCGCUAUUAGUUGAAUAUGCUCUUGCUGGAAGCAGUUACUUGAGAUUUUAUCUGGCUCCAAAGAUUGGUGAUGAGGAAUAG